UUUAUCACACACACUAGAGGGCGUUUUUUAGUAAUUGCCACACUUUGUUAAAAGCCGUAUAGCCCAACCCCCCAACUCAACGCAGCGAACUCAGUUGCCGGAGUUGAGAUUUUGAUUGGAACCUCCUCUCUGAUUUCGCGAACCAAAAACCAUGGAGAUUUUUAGGAAAGCCUUGUUAAAUUUGGAGCCCCCCGAAAAAUUUGCUCUUCAAACUGUUCAGGAAGCCAUUAAACCCCAGAGGCAAACAAAGUUAGUUCUGGAUGAAAAUCAGUUGCUAGAAAACAUUCUACGGACGUUACUCCAAGAGUUGGUGUCGUGUGCAGUACAGUCUGGAGAUCCAACCAUGCAUUAUGGCCAAUCCAUUGCUGACGGAGAUAAUGCAAACGGUCAAAUUCCUCGCCUUCUGGAUAUCGUAUUGUAUCUCUGUGAGAAGGAGCACGUGGAGGGUGGCAUGAUAUUUCAGCUAUUGGAAGAUUUGACAGAAAUGUCUACCAUGAAGAACUGCAAAGAUAUUUUUGCUUACAUUGAGAGCAAGCAAGACAUACUUGGAAAGCAAGAACUGUUUGCUCGUGGCAAACUUGUGAUGCUGAGGACAUGCAAUCAACUGCUUCGUCGUUUGUCAAAGGCAAAUGAUGUGGUAUUUUGUGGACGAAUUCUUAUGUUUCUGGCACAUUUUUUCCCGCUAUCGGAGCGCUCAGCUGUGAAUAUCAAGGGAGUUUUCAAUACAUCCAAUGAAACAACGUUUGAGAAAGAAGCACCUAAAGGAAUUUCUACUGAUUUCAACUUCUACAAGACGUUCUGGAGUUUACAGGAGUAUUUUUGCAAUCCUCCAUCCUUGACUGUUAAUCCUACGAAAUGGCACAGAUUUACAUCAAGCUUAACGGUUGUACUCAAUACCUUUGAGGCUCAACCCUUGAGUGAUGAAGAGGGAAAUGCUAAUAAUCUUGAAGAAGAGGGGGCAGCUGUCAAUAUCAAAUAUCUUACCAGUAGUAAAUUAAUGGGUUUGGAGCUGAAAGAUCCUAGUUUCCGGCGUCAUGUUCUGGUACAAUGCUUGAUAUUGUUCGACUAUGUGAAGGCUCCUGGAAAGAGCGACAAAGAUUUGCCAUCAGAAGCAAUGAAAGAAGAAAUAAAGACCUCUGAGGAGCGUGUAAAGAAGCUUCUUGAAGUGACACCUCCGAAAGGGAAAGAGUUUCUCAGCAGCAUUGAGCAUAUUUUAGAACGUGAAAAAAAUUGGGUGUGGUGGAAGCGUGAUGGUUGCCCACCUUUUGAAAAACAACCCGCGGAGAAGAAGGUAGAUGGUACAAAAAAACGUCGGCCAAGGUGGAGAUUAGGGAACAAAGAACUUUCCCAGUUGUGGAAAUGGUCUGAUCAGAAUCCGAAUGCUCUCACUGAUCCGGAGCGAGUUCGUACUCCUGCUGUCGUAGAUUAUUGGAAGCCAAUGGCUGACGAUAUGGAUCCAUCUGCUGGUAUAGAAGCUGAGUAUCAUCACAAGAAUAAGAAGGUUUAUUGCUGGAAAGGUCUUCGGUUAUCUGCUCGACAGGACUUGGAAGGUUUUUCUAGGUUCACUGAAUUUGGUAUUGAAGGGGUUGUGCCACUGGAACUCCUGCCUGCUGAACUAAGGUCCAAAUAUCAGGCAAAGCCAAAUGAAAAAUCUAAACGAGCGAAGAAGUCUGGAACUAAGGGUUCUGUACCUUCAUCUGAAGAUAAUCAGGGCACAGCCUUGGAGUGUGAGAUGGACGGUGAAGGAGGCCAAAACGAUCUUGAAGCUCCAUCAGCUGCAAUGGACUUGGAUUCAACACCUAUUACUGGAAAUAAUUCUCAAGCUGGCACCCCAACACAAGAUGAGCUUGAAAAGCAAAAUUCUGAAUCCCCAGAUGCACAAGAAGCUGGCGAACUUGACGCCGAAGAAGAUGUUGAACCGGGGUUGAUUGAUGGAGAGACAGAUGCUGAUGUUGAUCUAUAGUCAGUGUUGAUUUUGCUUUUCUAGAUGCUUGAUCCUGUGUCAUAUUUUCAAGUUUAUGACUUGAAACGGGAACUACAGUGACUCUUCUAUCAUCCAUAGUUCGAGAAGCAGGAAUGGCGGUUUACAUCCAUAUUCAGAGAGCUGUAGCAAGCUGAAUACAACUUGUUUUUUUUGGCUUUGCUUCAAUCACACAUGUUUAACAUAACUAGGUAUAUCUACAAUGCUAGUUCUUGAGAUAUCUUUGGAUUAUUGAAUAUAGGGCUCGAGAACGUUCACUUAUUUGUAUAUAUCUUGAAUUGUGUAACUUUGUCCCCGAUUUUGUGAUUAUUUCUCUUUUUGAUU